AUGCAGCUACCACCUUCUGAGCAAAGUCUGGCCGGCAAGGUAAUAGCUGUAACCGGAGGCGCAUCUGGAAUUGGAAGAGCAACUGCAAAGAUACUAGCAUCUCUGGGUGCCAAAGUGUCGAUUGCGGAUCUUUCCGCUGACGCUCUCGAGGUUGUCGCCAAGGAGAUUAGAGAGUCUGGCGGCGAGGUGUUUGUUAAAGCCACAGAUGUGAGAAAGAGAGACGCCGUGGAAACUUGGAUAAAGGAAACUGUAGACAAAUUUGGAGGACUGGAUGGUGCUGCGAACCUUGCCGGAGUUAUUGGGAAGAAUCAUGGGAAGAUGAUGCUCGCAGACCACGACGAUGAUGAAUGGGAUUUUAUCUUCGAUGUUAAUGUGAAAGGAAUCAGGAACUGCAUGAGAGCUCAAAUCAAUUCCAUCUCAGAUGGUGGCUCAAUUAUCAACGCAGCUAGCAUCCUCGGCGUAAUGGGUUCAAAGGGAUGUAGUGCGUACUCAGCAAGUAAACACGCCGUCAUCGGCCUGACUCGAAGUGCCGCAAAGGAAGUCGGCGCCAGAAAUGUACGAGUGAACUGUGUGGCUCCUGGAGUUACAGACACGCCCAUGCUAGAUCAGUCGACAAACACGUCUGGCAGUAUCGGGUUUGGAGGCGCGGUUAUUUUGAGAAAGGGACAGCCUGAGGAGGUGGCUAAUCUCGUUGUGUUUCUGUUGAGUGGGAACGCGAGUUUUAUUACUGGGGCUUGUUAUUCUGUUGAUGGGGGUUGGAAUUGUUGA